GUCCCUGGCGUACUUAAGCAUCAUCGUGUGGGCUCCACAGUCCAUUCCAGAGCUGUGCUACGCUGCACUGCCGGCCUUUUGUCUCCUCACCAACACCUCCUUCUUGCCUAAGGUAAGCAAGUAGACAGAACAAUCAUGCAUCAGAUCCAUGGAUGAUCGUCACCGCUACCCUUUUCAUCUUGCCAAACCUCCACAGCCUGAUAGAGUACCUUCAAUGCCGGCUAUCCAUCCGCGCAUGGUGGAACAAUCAGAGAAUGUCGAGGAUAACAUCGGCAACUGCGUGUUUGUUCGGAGUCUUGGAUGUCAUACUAAAACAUCUUGGCUUAUCAAAGACGAUCUUCCAAAUUACACGUAAAGAUCAAAGUGCUGCCGAUAGUGGGACUGAUGUGGAUGCUGGACGAUUCACCUUCGACUCUUCACCGAUCUUCGUGCCAGCGACGGCUAUUGUGUUAGUGCAUAUGACUGCACUUGUGGUGGGGCUGUUAGGGGUGUGGCUACCGGUCUUUGGUGGGCCACCGGGGCUGGGGGAGAUGGUGUGUAGUACAUGGGUGGUGCUGAUCUUCUUUCCAUUUGUGAAAGGGCUCUUUGGGAAAGGAAGUUAUGGGAUACCCUGGUCUACCGUAUGCAAAGCUGCGGCAUUGGCUUUCCUCUUCUUGAACUUCUGUAUUAGAUUUAGAUCCUUUUAGUUAAAGACGUUCCUCUGCAAUUUGUAAAACAAGUGAUUCACCAGUGCGUGAAAAGUUAUUAAUGUGCUAUCCGCCUAUUCAUCUGUUUACAA